AUGGAAGUACAUUCUCCAGUGAUAGCCAAGAGGCUAUGGAACGUGUUGAGGGUAACAUUCUUCAUGAUAAGGAAGGGAUUGAUAUCAAAGAGGAAGUUGAUCAUGGACAUGAACUUGAUGAUGAAGAGAGGAAAGCUCUUGAGGAAAUCAUUAAGCAACCUCAUGUCUCAUCACCACCACUCCAAGAACAUGGCACGUGCUGGCUAUGGCAUACAGGAAUACGAAUUCUCUUGCAGCAACAGCCCUAAUCCUGUUUUUUUCCACGUGCCGAAGCGUAAACACCAUUACUUCCCUUGCAUCAAUGCCCCUGCAGUUCUUGAAGAAGUAGAAGAACCACUACCUCAACCUCAUCAAGAACCUAAGGCUGUUGUUUUGGUCCCCAAGACCCCGGAGUACACUUUCAACUUCCGGUUUGAUCAUGCGUCUGAUUUUGCUUCCGGCGAAAAGCAUAGCCCUUUACUGUCUCCAUUUUCUGUAAGGGUAUCUAAUUAUUCAUCAGAGGAUGAGAUUGAGGGUGAAAAUGAACAAGUUGAUCAUGAAGCUGAGGAAUUCAUCAGAAGGUUCUAUGAGCAGCUAAGGGUACAAAGCCAUAGGCAAUUGCUGCAGUACCAGGAUUUGCAAUAUGAGCAAAUGCUUGCUAGAGGAACUCACUAA